CUGACCAAUAAAAUAUACAAAAAUAAUAAAGAAAAAUCCCAAAAACACAACUAAUAAUUCAUCUGCCUCUUCUUGUCUUGACGUCAACUGUUUGCAGAAAUCUCACUGAAACUAGAGAGAAAACCAAAUGGCGGCUACUCCAAUCAGAGUUAUAGUCUCAGCUCUUGUGAUCCUCUCGGUAUUACUACUUUCCUCGUCUCUGGGAGUCGCCACAGAGACAGAAAUUGAGCGGAACGAGACAGAGGUGCGGCUGAUGUACGAGCAAUGGCUUGUGGAGAAUCGAAAGAACUAUAAUGGUCUUGGAGAGAAAGAGAGACGAUUCAAGAUCUUCAAAGACAACUUGAAGUUUGUCGAUGAACACAAUUCUGUUCCGGAUCGGACUUUUGAAGUAGGGUUGACCAGGUUCGCUGAUCUAACAAAUGAAGAGUUUAGAGCGAUUUAUUUAAGGAAGAAGAUGGAAAGAACUAAAGAUUCGGUGAAAACUGAGAGAUAUUUGUACAAAGAAGGAGAUGUUUUGCCUGAUGAAGUAGAUUGGAGAGCGAAUGGCGCAGUUGUUUCAGUCAAAGAUCAAGGAAACUGUGGAAGUUGUUGGGCGUUUUCUGCGGUUGGAGCAGUGGAAGGGAUCAACCAGAUCACUACCGGAGAGUUGAUAUCUUUGUCGGAGCAAGAACUCGUUGACUGUGACAGAGGUUUUGUCAACGCUGGAUGUGAUGGAGGUAUCAUGAACUAUGCUUUUGAGUUCAUUAUGAAAAAUGGUGGUAUUGAGACAGAUCAAGAUUACCCUUAUAACGCCAACGAUCUUGGCUUGUGCAAUGCAGAUAAGAAUAACAAUACUCGUGUUGUUACAAUUGAUGGUUAUGAAGAUGUUCCUAGAGACGAUGAGAAGUCUUUGAAAAAGGCUGUUGCUCAUCAACCUGUUAGUGUUGCUAUUGAAGCUAGUAGCCAAGCUUUCCAGCUUUACAAAUCCGGUGUGAUGACAGGAACAUGUGGAAUAUCUUUGGACCAUGGUGUAGUAGUGGUUGGAUAUGGAUCCACAAGUGGUGAAGAUUAUUGGAUCAUUCGCAAUUCAUGGGGGUUGAAUUGGGGAGAUAGCGGUUACGUUAAGCUCCAACGUAACAUCGAUGAUCCAUUUGGGAAAUGUGGUAUAGCAAUGAUGCCUUCUUACCCGACCAAAUCAUCAUUCCCAUCGUCAUUUGAUUUGUUGUCUGAGAUUUGAUUUGAUCUUCCUGUAAAUGAUUAAUAACUAAAUAUUUUUUAUUACAUAAUCCAAUGGGUCAAGUCAAAUAUUUGAAAGUCUCACAACAUGUUCACAUUAAUGAAGAUUCCAAUCUUGUCUUGUGUUUGAAGGAACCUGUUUGGCAGCCGCAGCACAAUCUAAGUCCAGAAAGAAAUGUGAUGCUGAUGGUUUUGGUUGUUGUCACAUGCUCUGUUUUUUUUUCCUUG